UCCUCCCCCCCCCUCUCUUCCCCCCCCUCUCUUCCCCCCCCCUCUUCUCCCCCCCCUCUCCCCCCUCUCCCCCCCCUCCUCCCCCCCUCUCCUCCCCCCCCUCUCCCCCCCCCCUUCUCCCCCCCCCUCUCUUCCCCCCCUCCUCUUCCCCCCCCCCUCUUUCCCCCCCCCCCUCUCUUCCCCCCCCCCUCUCUUUCCCCCCCCCCUCCUCCUCUUCCCCCCCCUCCUCUCCCCCCUCUCUCUCCCCAUAUCCCCCCCCCCCCACCCCUUUUUCCCCCCUCUCUCUCCCCCCCUCCCCCCCCCCCACUCUCUCCUCCCCCCUCCCCCCCCCCCUCUCCCCCCCUCCCUCCCCCCCCCCCCCCCCCCCCCCCCCCCCCCCCCCUUCCCCCCCCCCCUCAACCCCCCCCCCCCCCCCCCCCCCCCCCCCUCCCCCCCCCCCCUUCCCCCCCCCCCCCCCCCCCCCCCCCCCCCUCUCCCCCCCCCCCCCUCUCCCCCCCCCCCCCUCCCCCCCCUCUCCCCCCCCCUCCUCCCCCCCCCCCUCCUCUUCCCCCCCCUCUCUUCCCCCCCUCUUCCCCCCCCUCUUCCCCCCCUCUCUUCCCCCCCCCCCUCUUCCCCCCCUCUCUCUUCCCCCCCCCUCUCUCCCCCCCCCCUCUCUUCCUUCCCCCCCUCUCUCCCCCCCCCCCCUCUCUUCCUCCCCCCCCCCCCCCUCUUCCUCCUCCUUCUCCCCCCCCCUCCCCCCCCUCCUCUUUCCCUCCCCCCCCUCCCUCUCUCCCCCCCCCUCUCCCCCCCCCUCUCCUCCCCUCCACUCCCCCCCCCUCUCCCCCCCCCUCUCCCCCCCCCCCCCCCCCCCUCCCCCCCCCCCUCUCUCCCCCCCCCUCUCUCCCCCCCCCUCCUCUCUCCCCCCCCCCCCCCCCCCCCCUCUCUCCCCCCCCCCCUCUCCCCCCUCUUCCCCCCUCUCUCCCUCCCCCCCUCUCCCCCCCCCCCCCUCCCCCCCCCCCCCCCCCCCCCUCUCCCCCCCCCCCCUCUCUCCCUCCUCUCCCCCCUCCCCCCCCCCUCUCCCCCCCCCCUCUCUUCCCCCCCCCUCCUUCUCUCCCCCCCCCCCCCCUCCCCCCCCCUCUCUUCCCCCCUCCUCGUCCCCCCCUCCCUCUCCCCCCCUCUCUCCCCCCUCCUUCUCCCCCCCCCCCUCUCUCUCCCCCCCCCUCUCUCCCCCCUCCCUCUCUCCUCCCCCCCCCCCCACCCCCCCCCUCUCUUCCCCCCCCCUCCCCCCCCCCCUCCUCUCCCCCCUCUCUCCCCCCCUGUGAAGUAUGUGUUUGUGUGUGUUCCACU